CAGUCACGUGACAACGAACGCCAAUGAGAGCGCGUGACGUCGUAUGUUGCAAUACAAAACAACUUGACAUUAGCUUGACAUAUUCAUUAUCAUUACGGUCGUAAUAAUAUUGUGGUUUUCAUUAGUUUCUCUUACUUUCUUUCGUUUUUCUUACUUAAUUAUACUAUACUAAUACUAGAAACUGUUGGUAACGACAAUGGAAGCAGGGUUUUUAAAAGCGACUAGCAGUAACUUGCCCAAAGUCGAUGUUAUUAUGUUGGGUGCGUUUUUCGCAAAUAAUACCAAUUUUUGCUCUGCCGAAUUCCGGAAUACCAAAACUUCAUUAUCAUCUCGUGCAUCAUACGGGGAUGAUGCAAUUAGCUACGUGCAAUUAAAACGUGACGGAAAACUUUGCACCAUAAAAUGUAAAAUAUGUCCAGAGCAUAAAGUGCGCUCCAAACUAUACACAGUGACAUUAGUUAUUGACGAAGAAGAGGACUUGAUUUGUUCCUUAGAGUGCCAUGACUGCGUAGCUUCCCAUGGCGGUUGCAAGCAUGCCAUAGCGUUUGUCAUGUGGAUUCAUCGCAGGAGUGAAGAGCCAUCAUGCACGUCCACUGAGUGUUAUUGGAAAAAGUCGAAACUGUCACAAGUUGGUACCAGUCUUAAAUGCAUAACUGCAAAAGAAAUGUCCAAGGGCUGUCCUAGUUUGUCAUCGAAUUCGAGUGUGCUUGCAAAGUAUUUACACGAAGCAAGUAAAAGAAAAAUUGAGGACUGUGAAUUAUUAAAAUAUCAGCCCAACUCAAACCUUUCAGAUACAGCAUUAGUUUCAAUGCAUCAACUUGUGUUUAAAUUUAAAGAAAAAUGUUCUGAAAUAUUUAUUCAAAAUGUUAAUAUACCAGAUAUUACUAUCAGAAAAGUUGAAAAAGAAACUAGAAAUCAAUACAAAAGCAGACUAUGGUAUGAACUGCGGUAUGGCCGAAUAACCGCAUCUAGAGCUUUCGAAGUAAGUCGCUGUAAGACCCCAGAUGGCACAUUAAUAUCAACAAUUAUGGGUGGACAGAUACCAGACACACCAGCAAUGAGAAGAGGAAGGAUUUUAGAAGACUCGGUGAGGCAAAUUUUGCAACGAAAGUUAAAGAAAACAAUUAGAACGUGUGGGCUAAUAUUGAACUCAAAAUAUCCUAUGAUCGCUGGAUCACCAGAUGGUAUCUGUGAAGAAUACAUAAUAGAAAUUAAGUGCCCUACAAGUGCAAAAACUUUUAUGAAUUAUAUAAAAGAUGGGAAAACUACUGAAAGAUAUUAUUAUCAAAUCCAAAUUCAGAUGUACUUGGCUGAUUUAAAAAAGUGCAUAUUUUGUGUAGCUGAUCCUAAAUUUAGUGAAAACAAGAAAAUUGAAAUGUUAUAUGUUGAUUAUGAUGAAAAAUUUGUUGUAAAUAUUAUAGAAACCAAUUUGGUUCCAUUUUGGCAAAACAAUGUAUAUCCAUUAUUAUAUCAAAGUAUAAACAACUCCUAACUAGGUUUUGUUUAUACUUUGAUAUAAUAAUGGAUAUACUAGGUUUAAUAUUCAUGUUACUUUUUGUAUAAAAAUAAUUAUAAUAAAUAAAACAAGGCAUCA